UCAAGACCGAAGCUACUUUACCGUUAGUGCAUUACUUAGAAAUUCAAUACGAGUGACACAAGCGAUUCUGGUUGAUGUCGUUCUUAAUUACUUCCACCCAGAUGGUUUCAGUUGAUUGUGAUAACCAGUUUUAAGUUACAUUUAUCUAUCUCUUUAUACUUGUGUUUUUUUUUGUAAACGUUAAAGAUGGCGUCCACCAGUUUUCUACCUGCAACUGCAAGUAUAUUAAUGUGCGAAAGCACAGAAAAGGGUUUUUAUUUCUUCCUCUAUGGCGUCAGCCUAUUUUUCCUACUCUAUAUCAACAUUUACAUUCUAAGAGAAAUUCCACACAGUAUUUCUGUCUCUAAUGAUGGUGGGAAGAAGCCUUCUAUCAUGGAAAACCUCCGCAGACUAGGAGACCAUGGCCAAAAGUUCGAACCAGGAGAUACUCCAAUUCCCCCUCGUGUUAAGAAAUCGAAGAUUUCGGAGAAUGAUCGCAGCCAUGGAAGUCUGUUUCUUCGAAUUGGAGCCAUUGCUUUUGGACUUGGGACGAUGGUAUACAACGGACUGGAGUUCGGACAAUUCUUUGAGAUUCCUCAUACGUCCCCCUGUUACAGUAUCCUGUUAGGAAUUAACCCCAUUUUACAAAUGUUCUUCACCUUUGCUCAGAUGUAUUUUAUUUUUGUCAAUGCUCGGCUGAACAUCCACAAGUUUAAAGUAAUAGCAAGAUUUGGUCUGAUGCACCUCAUCGCCACUAACUUGUGUGUGUGGAUCAGGACACUGGGCAAGGAGACACUGCACGAGAUCACGCGACACUUGCUAAAGAGCGGUCACCACGGUUUGCUGGAGGAGUUCAUGAUGCCCUUCAGAGGUGAGUUACGUCCCGAGUCGUUUUUUUUUUUUUUUACGUCGUCAUUUGAUGAUAAAACAUGA